UGCGCAGCACAUUCCAAAUUGUCCUGCCGUGUCAAAAUGGCGGACCCGGCGCUCCAAGUCUUUGAGUGCGUGCGCAAUUUGUGGGCGACGCGUUGUCUGUCGACGGUGGCAUCGUUGAAGAUCCCAGACUUCCUUCGAGAUGGCCCUCGGUCGUCCAAGGAGAUUGCUGAGCACUUUCACCUUCACGAGGACAGCGUGUUCCGCCUCUUGCGUGCGGUGUCGACGAUGGGGUUCCUUGAGCAUACCGGUGGCAAUAUGUUUGCAUUGACCACGACUGGAGAGUGUUUGAUCUCUGACGUUCCUGGAUCUAUGCGCGCAUACUUGGUGACCAUGUGUGCACAUGGCCACUGGUUGCCUUGGGGCAAUAUCGAAUCCACCAUUGUAUCUGGCGUGCCGGCUACCGAAAUGGAACUCGGUGCGGAUUUGGGCAGCUAUUACUCGAAACACCCAGAAGAAGGUCAUGAGUUCAACGAAGCAAUGCAAAACGUAAACCACAUGUCAGCUGAUGUGUGCUUGGACGCGUACCAGUUCGAAGACAUCGCCACGGAUGAUAUGUGCAUUGUCGACGUCGGUGGUGCCCAUGGCGAUUUCUUGCUAGACGUGCUUCACAGGUUGAACCGUCCAAGCAUUCGUGGUAUUCUCUUUGAGCGCCCUGAAGUCGUCGAGGCUGCAGCUGAACAUGUCAGCCAUGAAAUCGAUUGCAUUUCUGGCGAUUUUUUCCACUCUGUUCCACCUGGGGACUUGUAUCUUUUGAAGCAUGUUUUGCACGAAUGGACCGAUUCGCAUUGUGUCAAGAUUCUCCGCAAUAUUCGCGCCGCAAUGGAUUCGGCAUCGGGCCGUGUCCUUGUCGUAGAAGUACUUGUGGAAGGCACGGAAGCCCUCGUUGACAUGAACAUGCUUGUCAUGUUCAAUGGUCGCGAGAGAACCGAAGAAGAGUUUGCCGCGCUCUUCCUUCAAGCGGACCUCAAGCUCACCAAGGUCAUCCGCACCGGGACCCCAUUUGCUGUCUUGGAAGCAAUGGCAGCUUAGCUCCCAAACGCGAAAUUAGUAUGAAAGAAUGUAUCGUGUUUCCCGCGCAAAAACAUUCUCGAGUUGGGAUGGCUCAUUGUCGAAUUUGACCCUUGGCGACUAGAUCAAGA